AUAUCACAGUCAAAUGUGAUGUGAUUUGUGAAUAAAAUCGAUUGGGAUUUCUGCACCAACUCAAAAAUUAAGAAGUUAAAAUAAUUCGUUAAAGAAAUUUCAUCAGCGUUUAUAUUAUGGCUUAUUUAGUACAGCCAGAUUAUGUGAAGUAUGUCUGCAGUUGCGGACAAAUGAAACCGAUUACUAACUUGUAUUUUUGUCGUCAUUGCUUAAAAAUUCGAUGUGGAUUCUGUAUAUGUCAUGAGGUUGACUCACAUUACUGUGCAAACUGCCUAGAAAACAUGCCUUCAUCUGAAGCAAGACUGAAGAAGAACCGCUGCAGUAGUUGUUUUGAUUGCCCAAGUUGCUUUCAUACAUUAUCAACCCGUGCUACUAUGGUCCAGCCUAGACAAGACCCUGCCUCUGGUGAUGCUAAGGUUGAAAAUAAGCAGCCAAAGAAAAUGUACUAUUUGUCAUGUUUUAAUUGUCGCUGGACAUCCAGGGAUGUUGGUAUACCAGACCAACCUGUUGCAUCUGGUGGUUGGCCAGAAAGGAUAAACCCAUUUGCAAAUCGGUUUGCACAGUUGAUGGAAUAUUAUAAGGCUAUAGCACAGCAAGAGAAACAAGAAAAACUUGACAAAGAAAGAAAGAAGUUUGCUAUCAGAGGAAACUAUAUAACUCUUACUGAUAAAACAGGCCUAACUGGUGCAAUGGCUCGAAAUAGAGCUGGUAUGCCAUCUAGUGAGAGUACUUCUAGUGCAAUUGCUAACUUUGUGACGAGUCAGGCCACGGAGGAAGUUGAAGAAUUGCCAGAUGACUAUCACACCAGGGAGGUUAACUUAAAGAUGAUAACAACAAUGCCACAACGUUUAGCGUCGCCAGAGUGGCAAGCACAACAAGUAUCUCGUUUACAGCCAAUUGCUCGUCCUCUCAGUGUGAAAAGAAGUCAGCGUUGCAGGCAGUGUGACCACAACCUUACUAAGCCUGAAUAUAAUCCUGGCUCUAUUAAGUUUAAAAUUGAGUUGCUUGCUUUUUACCAUGUUCCAGAAGUGAAGAUUAUUUCAUAUGAGACUAUAAUGCCCGGAGUUACAUCAGCAUUGCUUCUGAAGCUGACAAAUCCGACAGCUCAUGAAAUGCAAAUACAACUCAUACAACCAAAUGAAGUGCCCGAAAUUGAAGAGAAAGAAGAACCCAAGAAUAUUGAGAAGUCAUUGGAGAAAUCACUUAACUUAGAAAAGGACAUGUCUUGGAAGUCAGUUGUGGAACGCAAGCCAACUUUGCCCUCUGCAAUAAAAGUGAAUAACCCAGAGCUAACCUUCACCCUUGCUCAAAGAGAUGAUGCUGCUGAGUACGAUGAUGAUUCGCACCAUGACACCAAUGACAUAAUACUCUGGAGGAAAUCCAACAAGCUAGCACUUCGUCUGCAACUUACAACAGAUGAAAAUGCCAUCGCGGGUCUUCCGGCAGUGGCUGUGAUUGCUUUACAAUACACAUAUCGAAACACAGUACCACCCACUUCCACUCAGCCCAGAGACCACACCCUCUACACCACAGUCACCAUAGAUCUUGGAAUUGUUUCUCAAUAAUAAAAACACUUUAACAUAAUGUUUUAUAAUAUAAAGUAAAGAAAAUAUAUUCUACAUGAUAAUAUAGUAUGUUAAGGUCUCAUAUUAAUUUAUUGCCAUGGCAUCUUUUGGUUGAAUAAGACUGAAAUGCUCGCUGAGUGAUAUUUAUUUUCCCACUCCUAGGUUAACAAAAUUUAAGGUUUUAAAAUUAAAAUAACUUGAGAUUAUUCAAGCAAAAAUGAACUUGCAUUGUAAAAACAAGUUUUUUUCUGCUAACAAUGUAAAAUUUAUAUUAAAAAGCUUUCAGGGGAACCUUUUGCUUGUGGUAAUGUAAAUGCAUAAUGAACUUAUUAAAAAGGUGCUACAAGUAGUUGUAAGUUUUAUGCACUUUUCCAUAUUCUAGUCUUAAGAUUUUUUUUUACUUAAAACAGCUUUAUCAUGUUUUGGUUGUUACUUCUAAAUGUCAAAAAAGUAUUAUUUAUUUUAAUGUAAGUUAAGUAAUAUCGAAUAUCUUUUGAAGUAGUAACAUUAACAACAAAUACAGAUAUUGCUUAAACUAA